ACUAGUGCCGAUCGACCAGAACCAAUGCCGAUUUGUCUCUGUCCCUGUCUCCGACAACUCUUAGGUAAGUAUUUCUCUGUCUCCAUCUCUCUCUAUGUUAGAUAUUUUUGUUUUUUCCAAACAAACCAAACCCUAAUCCUAGUCUGUUUUGUGCGCAGCUCUCAUCUCAUCUUCUCGCUCAUUAUUGAUCUGUCAUCUCUCUUAUUCUUCCAUCUCUCUCCCCGAUCGACCAAAACUAGCGCCGACUGACCAUACCAGUAUCGAUCUAUCUCUGUCUCUCCGGCAACUCUAAGGACCUUUGAGAAGCAGGGUUUGGCGCCAUUUCUGUGAUUGCGUCAAAUGGCAGAGUCACCGGUUUUUGAUCGAAUGAUGAGUCAUCUUCGUGCAACAUGCAAGUAUUACACCGGUUAUCCAAAGGAUCUUGGGCCAUCACGAGUUAUUCAUUUUACUUCCGAGCGUGAGUUUGUUCAGCUUCUACAUAAAGGAUACCCUGUGGUUGUUGCGUUUACAAUCAGGGGUAAUUACACUAAACAUCUUGACAAAGUACUGGAGGAAGCAGCUGCUGAAUUUUAUCCACAUGUUAAAUUUAUGCGUGUUGAGUGUCCAAAGUAUCCUGGAUUUUGCAUAACACGACAGAGGAAGGAGUAUCCAUUUGUUGAAAUAUUUCAUAGCCCAGAGCAAGCACCUAGUCAAGGAAGGGUUGCUGAUCCAAAUAUUACGAAAUACGCUGUUAAAGUUUUACCUUUCAACUAUGAUCAGAGUGCAUAUGGAUUUAGAGAAUUUUUCAAGCGGCACGGUGUUAGGUCAUCUGAUGAUGCAAAGUGAAACUUUGUGAGGAUGGUAGCUCAGUGGGAAGAAGAUUUCUUUUCAAGAGUAUUGUUGAUUCUUUGGCCUGUUUUGCAUUGUAAUAGGUAUGGAGGAUGUGAGAAAUAGCUGUAGAAUUCUAAAUUGUCUAUUUACAUAAACUUAU